AUGGCCCCACCUGUCACCAGGCUCAUUUGUCGGUUUCCUAGCUGCAACAGGGUCUUCAAAAACAAGUCUGGCCUCACUCAGCACACGCAUACAAUGCACGGCACCCCACAAAUACAGCGAGACCUCAAUUUCACGGCUCCACUUGCAGGUCCCGGAUUUAUACCUCCAAGGAGUCGUUCUCCCACACCAGAAGGUGAAAACCGGGCUAUCAACGAGGAUUUUCAUCAAGACAUAGCGGGUGAGCAGGAGGAUGCAGGUUUUGUACCUGAGGAAGGUACUUGGGUGGACAUGGGGCGGUUAUUCCGCACAUUCCAUCCGCACCUCACAGGUUUUGACUUAGGACUCAAAUGCGAUGCUAACGGGUCAUUUAUUGAUCAGGAUGCACCCCCACCGCCUCUCACAAAUGCACCCCCAACCGACUGGACACCUUAUAACGAUCGAGCGGAAUUUGAGACAGCAGAAUUUUUAUUCACGCGCAAUCAAAUGUCUGCAAAGCAGAUUGAUACACUUCUCGACUUGUGGGCCGCAACUCUCAUCAAGCACAACGACGCUCCCCCUUUUGCAAACCAUAAGGACAUGUACGCUACCAUUGAUGCAACACCAUUUGGCGAUACCCCCUGGAAGAGCUUUACAAUGUGCUACAGCGGAGUUAAACCCGAACGAGACGUACCGCCGUGGAUGGAUGGACAAUAUGAUGUGUGGUAUAGAGAUCCAUUGCAAAUGACACGCAGCAUGCUGGAAAACUCUGCCUUUGAUGAAGGAAUUGAGUUCUCCCCGUAUCGUGAUUAUACCGCCGAGGACAAACGGUACUGGAAGAACUUCAUGUCGGGUGACUGGGCGUGGAACCAAGCGGAUAUUAUUGCUCAAAAUGAGGAAAAUCAUGGUUCAACAUUCGUGCCAUUGAUUAUUGGCAGCGACAAGACUGUCGUUUCUGUCGCUACUGGCCAAACUGAAUAUCACCCGCUGUAUCUCUCAAUCGGGAACAUACACAACAGCGUACGACGGGCACACCGCAAUGGCGUUGUACUCGUUGGAUUUCUUUCGAUACCAAAAUCUACGAAAGAACAUAACGAUGACAUCAAAUACAGAAACUUUCGACGGCAAUUGUUUCAGCGGUCCCUUGCCAAGAUUUUCGAGUCUGUGAAGCCCUUCAUGGAAACGUUUGACGUCACACGCUUUCCGGAUGGGCACUUUCGACGAACGGUGUAUGGCUUGGGCCCAUACAUUGCGGAUUAUCCAGAGCAGUUGAUUCUCUCUGGCGUCGUGCAGAAUUGGUGUCCGCGGUGUCUGGCAAAUAAUAAGGACCUCGAUGGUGCUCAACCUUGUCUGCAUCGACGCGAAGCACACACCGAGUUGCUUGUCGAACGGCUAACAUACAAACAGGCCUGGUUUGAGUAUGGCAUCGUUGCCGAUCUCAUUCCGUUUACGAACGAUUUUCCUCGAGCAGACAUCCACGAGCUCUUAUCUCCCGAUCUUUUACACCAGAUUAUUAAGGGGACGUUCAAGGAUCAUUUAGUUGAUUGGGUAGGUGAUUAUUUGGAGGCCACACAUAGUGCACGUCAUGCGGCUGAGAUCAUGGAUGACAUUGACCGCAGGAUAGCAGCAGUAGCCCCAUUUGCUGGGUUGCGACGCUUUCCUGAUGGGCGUGGUUUUCGGCAAUGGACAGGUGACGAUUCGAAGGCUUUGAUGAAGGUCUAUCUAGCUGCAAUCGAAGGCCACGUUCCUCAAGACGUGGUGCGCACAUUCAGUGCAUUUCUAGAAUUUUGCUACAUUGUAAGGCGCGAGGCUCUCACUGAAGAUGAUCUUGUAAAACUCCAAGAUGCCCUCAACCGCUUUCACAAAUUCCGGGAGAUCUUCAAGGCAACUGGCGUGGUCUCGACAUUCUCCCUUCCACGUCAACACUCCCUAUGCCACUAUGAAUUACUGAUUCGACUUUUUGGGGCACCCAACGGCCUUUGCUCUUCGAUUACGGAGUCCAAGCAUAUCAAAGCGGUUAAAGAACCUUGGCGCCGAUCUAGCAGGUUUAAUGCGCUCGGACAAAUGCUACUAACAAACCAACGCCUCGACAAACUUGCAGCCGCUCGCGUACAAUUUGAGGCACGUGGUAUGCUUCACGGAUCCUGUCAGAAUGUUCAUGAAGACAACAACUCAGAAUUGGAUGACGACACUAUGGCUGAUAUGGCGCAAGAAGGUCAUAAUGGGCGGCUGCAUGUCCACGAACCUCAAAACCAAUCUGUUGAGGUGGAUGCUGGCGAAAUUGUUGAUGGACCGACCGUGGAGUCCCAUGUCAGGCUUGCGGCGACUCCUCGUUGUGUACGCAAUGUGCAUACACUCAGCCUUGAGCUCGACAUUCCACACUUCCCUCGGAUGAUUCAAGAAUUUAUCCACGAUCAGCGCUAUUCAGAAGACCCCAACCCUCCUGAGUUUGAUCCGGCAACGGCACAAGUAUUCCUGGGGAAAGUGACCCUCUUCAAUUCUGCUGUAGCGUUGUUCCAUGCACCCAGUGAUCUGAGCGGUACAGGAGGUAUGCGUCGAGAACACAUCCGGGCAACACCAUCGUGGCGCACUGGCGAACCUAGGCAUGAUUGUAUCUUCGUCAGUAUGGGUACUGGCUUUGACUCUCCCAUAGGUGGACUUGCAGUCGCGCGGGUCCGGUGUUUUUUUUCUUUUAACUAUCGGACGUCAUACUAUCCUUGUGCCAUAGUUCAUUGGUAUUCUUAUGCGCUCGAAGGACGCGAUCCCGACACAGGAAUGUAUGUUGUCACACCAACAAUGACCGACGAUGGUAUUCCAGACAUUUCAAUCAUUCACAUCGAUUGUAUCUUUCGCACCGCCCAUCUCAUUCCGGUCUAUGGCCCGGACUUCAUCCCAAAAAUCAGUCCGCAUGACUCGUACGACAUGUUCAACUCGUACUACGUCAAUAGAUACGCGGAUCACCAUGCUUUUGAAAUAGCGUGA